CCCAAAACAGCAAAACUCACUGGUAUCUAGCCAAGUUAGCUCGAGCUCCAUUGUCAUAAUACGAGCAUCCACACACCCACAUUGCACCUGCAGGGCCAACCUCGGACGCCAUGGAAGCUCCUCUGCACCAGCUGGCCCCCAUGCAGCAGGCACUGCUCGCCCAUCCCCAGAACUGCAAGCACGACGCCGCGGCGACGAUGGCCGCGACGGACAUGGCGUGCCUCCAGCAGCAGCAGCAGCAGCUGAUGCAGCUGCAGCCGGCGGCGGCGAACCCGAACACGCCCUCGGGCGCGGCGCGGGAGCAGUGCCCGCGGUGCGCGUCGUACGACACCAAGUUCUGCUACUACAACAACUACAACACGUCGCAGCCGCGCCACUUCUGCCGCGCCUGCCGCCGCUACUGGACGCUCGGGGGCUCCCUCCGCAACGUCCCCAUCGGGGGCUCCACCCGCAAGCGCCUGCGCCCGGCGCCGCAGCAGGCCAUGCGCCGCCCGCCCGUCCACUUCGGCGCGCCUCCGCCGCCGAUGCCGGCGCAGUCGCACUCCCAGCAGGCUCCGCAAGGCGGCCUUCUCAGCUCGCUGUUCGCGCUCGGCGCGGCGCCGCUGUUCGAGGGCCGCGUCGGGUUCGACCUCGGCCUCGGCCUGCCCGGGCUGAGCCAGGUGGGGCUCGGAGGCAGCGCCGGGGAGUUUGGCCUGCACUCCCUCGGGCUCCGGGGCGGCCAUGCAGGGACGUCGGCGCCGAUGCUCUGGCCGACCGCGUUCUUGGACAACGGCAAUGUGGACACGUGGAAAGUAUCCGGCGGCGGGGCGGCUGCCAUGUGGGCGCCGGAGUUCUCUCCUGCACCGGCGGUGGCACAGGUCGGCGGCAAUGGCAUGUUCCAUGGCGGGGCCCAGAUAAUGUGACAAACUGUGAGAGUGGUCAGUAGUUGUGUGCGUGGCGUACGUGAUGGCUCAUGCAUGUGUCUGCUGGGUUAUGUGUGUAGGUGUUUAUUUUUUCUGCAAGUGCAUGGCUCGUGUCGUGUCUUGUUCACGUAGUACGUAGUGGUACAAGGAGAGGCCUGUCUAGUUUACAGUUUUGGUUCCACAGGGGUAGAAUGGUCUCUCAUGUGUCUUAUAGCGUGCGUCUCUACAGGUCUGAUGGUGUUAUUUGUUGGGUACUUGGUUUACAUGCAUGUUGAUGUUAUGAUUGUA